ACCCCUACCUGUAAUAGCCUCGCAUUCGGGCUCGAGGACGUUACAAGAAACUAAAGCCCAAAACGAGAUACUAAACCCUAGGCCCAGAGAACAAUAAGAGGCGAAAUAUAAAAGUGAAACCCUAGCCUCUCGUUCAUCUUGUUCAGUUUGUGAGCGCAGCUGCGGAGAAAAAAGAUGGUGUCGCUCAAGUUGCAGAAGCGUCUGGCCUCCAGCGUCCUCAAGUGCGGAAAGGGAAAGGUGUGGCUUGAUCCAAAUGAAAGCAAUGAGAUCUCCAUGGCCAAUUCUCGUCAGAACAUCCGCAAGCUAGUGAAGGAUGGGUUUAUCAUUAGGAAGCCAACCAAGAUUCACUCCCGUUCCCGUGCACGCAGGAUGAAGGAAGCAAAGAGGAAGGGUCGUCAUGCUGGAUAUGGUAAGCGAAGGGGAACCAGGGAGGCUAGGUUGCCCACAAAAGUUCUAUGGAUGCGCAGGAUGAGAGUGCUCAGGCGCCUUCUCCGCAAAUACCGUGAAGCAAAGAAGAUUGAUAAGCACAUGUACCAUGAUAUGUACAUGAAAGUGAAAGGUAAUGUCUACAAGAAUAAGAGAGUACUCAUGGAGAGUAUCCACAAAUCCAAGGCUGAAAAGGCUCGUGAGAAGACCCUCUCUGACCAGUUUGAGGCUAAGAGAGCAAAGAAUAAGGCAAGCAGGGAAAGGAAACAUGCUAGGAGGGAGGAACGUCUUGCUCAGGGACCUGGAGAGAAAGCACCACAAGAGCCUGCCGCAGCAGCUGCUCCAGCUCAAUCUCAGCCAUCGAAGAAAUCAAAGAAGUGAGGAACUUCCUGUUGCUGCUUGAAGGGGAAUUCUGUAUCAGUACUUGUUUAGCACUAGUGUUUUUGACCAGCAUGGUUCUAUGCUUUUGUUUACUGUUUAAAAUGUUUGUUAUUAAGAGAUGGAAUCUGAAUUAUAAUCUUAAUACUCUGUUUGAGACUCUUUCUAUAGAUUGUUUUAUCUGCUA